AUGUCGACUACAACCGAAGUUGGAACUAUUCAAGACACCCGAAAUGGGUCCAACACGCAACCCGAAGCGCCAGCAUACAAUCAAAAAUCUGCCAUCGAGGCCAUUUCACAAGGAGCGACAAUUGCAGGUAUCCCGUCGUUCACAUCAAUGGAUAAGAAGCGACGGUGGAUGCUAGAGCACAUGGCGGGCGCUUUCAGAGUCUUUGGCCGAAAGGGCUACGCCGAGGGUAUGAGUGGCCAUAUCUCGCUCCGAGACCCAGAGCACCCUGACAGCUUUUGGACGAACCCGCUGGGACUGCACUUCUCCCAAGUCAAGGUAUCUGACCUCAUUCUUCUUGGCUCUAACGGAUCUGCCAUUGGGGGCAACCGAUCACGCCCGGCAAACGCGGCAGGGUUCCAGAUCCACGGCGCAAUUCACAGGAUGUAUCCCCAUGUGAAUGCAGCGUGCCAUGCCCAUUCCGUCAAUGGUAAAGCUUGGUCAACCUUUGCCCAACCACUCGAGAUGAUCAAUCAAGAUUCCGCCAUGUUCUAUGGGGAGGCACAGGCCGUCUACCCAGAAUUCGGAGGGGUCGUGUUGGACCCGGCAGAGAGUGUCCGCCUUGCAAGCAGCCUUGGGCCAAAUGGAAAGCUUUUGAUCCUCCGCAAUCAUGGCUUGUUGACCGCCGGACAGACGGUCGAUGAGGCCGCCUACCUCUUCACCCUUGCGGAGAGAAGCUGUGAAAUUCAGCUCAAGACCGAGGCUGCUGCCGCCAAUGGAAUGAAGAAGAUGAUCAUAGACAAAGAGGCAGCUGAGUACACCUUCAAGAUGACCAGCGACCCGGAGGCGCUUUACGUCGAAUUCCAGCCCGACUAUGAGUUGGAGAGAGAACUCACUGAUGGUGCUUUCCUGAAGUAG